AUGAAGUUCUCUAUCCUUGCUUUGGCCUUGGGCCUGAUUUCCUUGUCUUCAGCACGCAGAAGCCCUCAGCAUGUGGGCAAGAAGCUCCCACAACUCAAGAGAGCCGCGGCGCCUCGAGCACAUCAUGCGGUGCCGCAGCUCGAGAAGCGAGCGCCGCAUAAAUUCUUGAACAAUAAGACCAAAAAAUAUGCCGUCAAUGGCAGCGCCAUUCCCGACGUGGAUUUUGACGUGGGCGAAUCCUAUGCUGGUCUGUUGCCCAUCUCCAGCGAAAAGAAUGCUUCGGAGCUGUACUUUUGGUUCUUUCCUUCGUCGAACCCAAAUGCGACCAAUGAGAUCCUCAUUUGGCUAAAUGGGGGUCCCGGGUGCAGCUCUUUGGAAGGCUUUUUGCAAGAAAAUGGACCUUUCCUUUGGCAAUACGGCACGUUCAAGCCAGUCCGAAACCAAUGGUCGUGGACAAAUCUGACAAACGUUGUUUGGGUUGAGCAACCGGUUGGCACUGGCUUCAGUCAGGGCACCCCAACGGCCACGUCUGAAAAGGACGUCGCCUCGCAGUUCCUUGGCUUCUUCAAGAACUUUGUCGAGCUUUUUUCGAUGCAAGGCUACACUGUCUAUAUCGCAGGCGAAUCCUACGCUGGCUACUACGUUCCGUACAUUGCCGAUGCCAUGUUCAAUGCGAACGACACCGAUUACUACAAUAUUAGCUCGAUCAUGAUCUACGACCCGAGCUUGAGCUACGAUGUGGUGCAAGAACAUAUCCCGGUGACUGCCUUUGUCGACUAUUGGCUUCCACUGCUCGAUCUCAACGCCACCUUUGUGCAACAACUGCAUAACAUGUCGGAUGCUUGCGGAUACACUGCCUUCAUGGAGGAGAAUCUAGUCUUCCCUCCCAAGGGCCCCUUGCCCACGCCACCCAACGUCGAUCUGAGCGAUGACUCGUGCGAUACCUUCGAUGCAGUCUUCUUUGCUGCAACAGCAAUCAAUCCGUGCUUCGAUAUCUACCAAGUGGCGACGACAUGUCCCCUGCUGUGGGACGUGCUUGGUUUCCCUGGCUCUUUCGAUUACGUGCCUCAGGGAGCUUCGAUUUAUUUUAACCGUAGCGACGUGCAGAAGGCAAUCCACGCACCCAAGCAAGAAUGGCUGGAAUGCACCAAUGUGGACGUGUUUGUCAAUAACACUGAUAACUCCCCGCCGUCAGCUUUGAGUGUCCUUCCUGGGGUGAUUGAAAGCGCCGACCGAGUCAUCAUUGGUCACGGGAUUCUCGACAUGAUCCUGAUCUACAACGGCACUCUGCUUGCCAUCCAGAACAUGACCUGGAACGGUGCUCAGGGCUUCUCAGCCCCGCCCUCGCAUUUCGGUGACAUGUAUGUGCCUUACUACGCCGAGUACGACUUCGAACUGGGCUCGACUGCCGGGUCGGGCUUUAUGGGGAAAUGGCAUACCGAGAGAGGAUUGACGCUGGCCACGGUUGAACUCUCUGGACAUAUGGUUCCACAAUAUGCUCCGUCUGCGGCUUACCGGAUGCUUGAAUUCCUCCUGGGCCGAAUUCCGAGCUUGGGAACUGUUGGACCGUUUACCACACUGCAAAGCACGAGCUACUGA